UUCGGUGCACGUUAUCACACCGCCGCGGGCCACCGCCAUCCGCCGCAGCUGAAUCGCUCCGGAUUUCGGCCGCCGUCGAUACGAUACGGUGGACAGGAAGCGGUCGCGUUUUCGGAUGCUCCGGAGGCCGCGGCACCCACGUCGUGAGCGCGCGCGGCACGCAGCCGCUCGUCACCGACGGGCACGAGGAUAGAUUGCGUCAUUAUCGCCCGUAUCGUCCUGCGAUGCCGAAGAGGACCCACGAGACGCGCGCACAAUGACGUCCCGCAGUUACACCAAGUCUUACAGUCGCAAGGUCAGCAGUGUAUCGCCUGCCAGCAUUCAGUUCGACAAGCUCUUCCGCGAGAACAGCAACCGGCCGUCCGCAGCCAAGUCCGCGGGCACCGUGGGCAAAUGGGGCAUAACAUCGUUUACCUCCAUCAGGAGCACGAAUAUCAAUGGGAGGAGAGAUGAUAUACAUAAUACCUUUGGCGCAAAGAAGAUGAAACUCGAUUAUGGUAAUCAGAAUCGCGUGAAUCCUGGAAAGGAUCCAUUUUCCUUCGAAACUGACCCGGACAACAAAUCGGAGUCUCCGGUCGUUAAGCCGAAGAAAUUCUUCAAGAGUCGAAAUGUCCCGCCUGUGAUGGAAGAAUCUCGCCAGGAUGUGGCAAUCUACAGACAAGUACCUGAUUCGCAAUAUGGAAGGAGUCGCGCCCCGAAGCAACCCCCGCAGCAGCAGCAGCAGCAACAACAGCAGCAGCAGCAGCAGCAGCAGCAGGUUGUAACAAAAGUGUCACAUGCUUCAAUUAAGAAAGUAGUAGAAAGUUUAGAUAGUACCAGUACGCCCGACACUCCUCCCAUCAGGGAGGAGAGUAAACCGCCGAUCGUACUGAGAAUAUGCAAAGGUACGGCGCGAUUGGUUUGUGGAGACGUGCAUCAGGACACUCAGGAUCUCGAACCUGAUACCUAUAGGAUUUCUACUCCCCUCGCUAGUCCCUCGAAGGUGGACGUCGAACGUAAGACUUUCAAUACGGAAACAUCGCUCAAGUCCGAUCAUCAUAAAUCCUUACGUACGCAUCAACCCGUUAUCUCCACCGUGUCGAUCCCGUUGGAUAAUUCGGACAUGCGACGGACCACACGCAGUCGCGCUAAGAAUCUGAACUUGGACCCAACGGCGAUAACUUCCAUCGUGGCGCCGUCGACGACACCAAUCACUUCCAACUCACAUGGUUCAGGCCUCUCCUUGACGCUGAGAAAAUCGGUGACGGAUUCCAAUAAUACACUUAUCUCUCAUUAUGAUAUCGUUAAGACUGACUGCAGCUCAAUGUAUUCCUCGAAACCGACGAUCGAACCGUUGAUCGGACGCGAUCAGCCACUGCCGACUACAACUCAAGAGCUGAUCGAUAUAUUAUCGAGCGAUUCCGACAUGAGACUACAAUCACAAUCACAACCACAACCACAACCACCACCAGCACCGUCGCCAUCACCACCAUCACCAUCACCACCAUCAUUACCAUCAUCACCAGCAGCACCACCAACAUUGGUCGCCAGUACGGAUGACAAUGACAAUGACAAUGAUAAUAUGGAAAAUACAACAGAAGACACAACAUCAGAAAGUAUUGCAAAUCAAAUUGAGCAACAUUGCUCUAUAGAUAUCCCGGCCAAUGAAGCUGUGGCCGAACCCGUCAUGAUAGCACAACAAUUCCAGCCUGAACCAGAACCAGAACUUGAAUCGGAGCCCGAACUACUGACCCGUGGAACAAACGACACCAUCGCCACCGUCGAAAUCGCAGCUAAAGCUCUGGUAGAUCAGGAUUGGUCUUCAAGCAGUGAUAGUGAAGGCGCUGGUGGAAAUGCCGAGAGUGAAAUCCCACUGCACGUGACGAGUACAGUUUCGGAAUUGCAAACUACGGAUCCACCGUCGACAAGUGUUUCGUCGACCAAGCCUGCCGCUAAGAAAGGCAGUAUCUUCAAGAGCCGUUCGACGGGCGCGACAAAUGGGAACAAGAGGCGAGCGUUGUACAAGCACAAAUGGUGCGACAGUGAUAAGGAAUCCAUUGCUCCGGACACGCCUAACACUGGCAACAGCACGCCGACCACCGCAUCUGGGUCCAGCAGCGCUGGACCAGUGGCAUACGAAGAAGAGUUUGAACCUUCGCAGUUGACGAGGGUCGUCACUUAUCCUACAGCCGAUGUAGAUUUCGAGGACGAAGCUGAUGCAGUCACAAGCGUACGCUGUGGCAAAAAAGUUAAAGGAUUUUAUACUGUAGUGAAGAAUGUAAAGAAAGCUCAUCAGAUACAAGAAAGUGGAGAAUUCCAAGAGUUUAAUGACGAUGUGGAGUAUAUCUUGGAUACAUUAAGAGAAAAUAAUCCAAAUGCUACUCGUUGCCUUUCGGCCAUACGAUUAGCAAGUAAAUGUAUGGCUCCUGCAUUUCGAAUGCACGUGCGCGCUCAUGGAACUGUUGCCAAGUUUUUUAAAGCUCUUCAUGAUGCAACUAAAGAUCAGAGUCUUGGUCUGUGCACAGCUACAGUAAUGUUUGUGUUAAGUCAAGAUCGUCUUGCUAUGGAUCUUGAUCGCGAUUGUUUGGAGUUAAUGUUGAGUCUAUUAGAAUCUGAUGCUAGCCAUAAGGAUGCUCUUGAUGAUUGUGGUCUUAGUCAUGCUGAAUUACUAAAAAAUAAAGAAAAAGUACGUCAGUUAUGUGCUGAUAUACAAGCUCAAGGACAUGCUAAGCAUCUAAAUUUAGAUAAUAUCACCGUUGGUCAGCUCGCUAUGGAGACACUGUUGAGUCUUACGUCAAAGCGCGCUGGAGAAUGGUUUAAAGAAGAGUUACGAGGAUUAGGUGGUUUGGAACAUAUUGUAAAAACAAUUCGAGAAUGUCACCGUCAUAUUAACAGCCAGAAUGUUUUAAGAUCUGGUUGGACAGAUCCUUUAUUAGAUAAAUUACGUAAAGUUGACAGAUGUUUACGUGUCUUAGAAAAUGUAACUCAUAUGAACGAAGAGAAUCAAGCGUAUUUAUUAAAAUACGAGAAUGGAGUAUUAGUAAGCACGUUAGCUAAUUUAUAUCACUUAUGUGGGCAGGAGAUUCCUAUUUAUCCAACAACAGAUCCAAGCGAUAAAAGUUCCACUGGUGCUGUUGUUAGAGAAUGUCUUUUUGCUAUUAUUAAAGUUCUCAUCAAUCUUACUCAUCGGUUUAAUAGACAAUCUUUCGGCAGCAAAUCAGUUGGUUCACAAGUUGGCGUUUUGGAUUGUAGUUUGUUUCUUUUAUUACGUGUGCCUGAAUCACUCCCGGAAGAAAAGCGAUUUGAUAUGAUGAUGUUGGCAUUAAUUCUGUUGAUAAAUUUAGUAGAGCAGUGUGACGACAACAAGCAACUCCUUAUUGACUCAAAGUCACCUCCGUCAUUAGAAAAUAUUUUUGAUGCGGAGGAAAGCGGAGUAGCGUCCCUGAUUGAUUUAUUUUACAAGCAAGAGGAACUUGCGCGGGCUGAGGAACAGAAAACAGAUGCAAUUUUAGACGGAAAGAAAGAUUCUGAGCAAACGGAAAGAGUAUCGAGCACUUCUAAAUCUCAGGAAGAAUUUAUCGAAGAGACUGUUACAAAAUUGUUACAGAAAGCUGGACGACAUAUGGAGCACACAUUAAUUGGAGCAUAUGUGGUACUGUUACUUGGAUACUUAAUAAUGGAUAACAAGGAAUACGAGUCGCUAGUACGAAAUAGACUACCAGACAAGAAUUUCGCCACUAUGGUAUCUGUACUUCAAAAGUUCUUCAACUUCAUGAAUCUGACGGCAUCGAACGAAGUGAGUAGUUGCGGAAUCGCCGCUACCGAGAAGGUAAUCAAGUUCCUAAAGAUGUCGGAUGCUAGGAUCGAAGAGGAGAAGAAUGAGUUACCAUUGCCAGCGUUAGAAGACACCAACACGAUGCUUGACUUAACUUCAUCUUGAUCGAUAUGCUAUGCACAUACCUGACAGCAUUUCUUUCAUCUGGCGUGCACGAAGAGCCAAAGUUGUAUUUUUUGUCCAACAAAAAAAUCUUUUUAUUACAAUAUGGAUGAACCUGUUUCAUAUUCGUAUAUUUUGAUACAUAUUUAUUCAUUUACGUAAUUUAUUGUUGUAGGUCUCAUUAUUAUUAUUGAUUCGACUUAUUUCCUUAUCUAUGAUGUGGAAGCUCUAGUUUGUAUUCUAGUUUAAGUAAAAUAAUAUAGGGUAACUUUAAAUUUACGUACAGGAACACAUCUUGUAAUUAUAAUUACGGGGCACUUAUCGCAACUAUAUCGUUACUGUCUACACGAUAUCACGAUAAUUAUUCGAAUUAACGAGCAGCCACCUUCUUUUAUAGAGAGACUGCCAAGAAGAAUUCAUGCGAUAAGCUUCUUGCCAGCCUACCUGAUUCACUUUCUGUACAUGAGAUCUUAAGAUUGUACAAUCGAUUUUUAAAAUAAAAUAUCUAAUGCGUUUCAAAACUUGUUAAGUAAUCAACAGCGUUAAUCAUUGUACAUUGUAACUGGCUCGAAAUUCAGCAUUUUCUUUCUUUCUCUUUUUUCUUUUUAAUA